AUGGUGAAGUACUCGAGGGAGCCGUCCAACCCCACCAAAUCCGCCAAGGCUAUGGGUCGGGACCUGCGUGUGCACUUUAAGAACACACGUGAGACAGCUUUUGCCAUCAGGAAGCUGCAUCUCGCCAAGGCUAAGAGGUAUCUUGAGGAUGUGAUUGCCCACAAGCAAGCCAUUCCCUUCCGUAGGUACUGUGGCGGUGUUGGACGGACAGCACAAGCUAAGUCUCGCCACUCCAAUGGUCAGGGACGUUGGCCUGCCAAGUCUGCUAGGUUCAUUUUGGAUCUUCUCAAGAAUGCAGAGAGCAAUGCUGAGGUUAAGGGAUUGGAUGUCGAUACACUUUAUGUGUCGCAUAUUCAGGUGAACCAAGCUCAGAAGCAGCGGCGCCGGACUUACCGUGCUCAUGGGCGCAUCAACCCGUACAUGUCUUCCCCAUGCCACAUUGAGCUGAUGCUUUCAGAGAAGGAAGAGCCAGUGAAGAAAGAGGCUGAUACCCAAAUUGCACCCAGGAAGGCUUAG